AAAUAACUUGUUGUUGUUGUGUUGUGUUUUUUAGAAUAAUAAAUUAGUAAUAAUAAAAUAGUAAUAGUAAAAUAAUAUUUAAAAAGUAAUAAAUUAAAUAUUUGUAUCCAUAUUUAGAAUAAAAUGAAUAGAUUUUUCGAAUUUGGAUCAAAUUUUAUUGAAGCAGCAGGCGAUGCAAUUACAAAUAUAAAUUCAAAAUCAAUUUCAGAUAAUGUUGGAAGUGUAUGGGGUAAUAUUACUGGUGGACGUACCGGCGCAAUCUAUGAGGUUGGUGGUAGACGUUUAACAGAAAUAAAGUUAUUGGCUGAAGGUGGUUUUGGUUUUGUUUAUUUAGUACGUGACGACUACAAUCACACAUAUGCAUUGAAAAGAAUGUUUAUUCAAGAGCGUGAAAGAUUGGAAGCAAUAAAAAAUGAAAUCGAUGUUAUGCAAAGAUUAAGAGGAAAUCCAAAUAUUGUAAAAUUAGAAGCUCACAAAUUAGUUGAAAAUAGAAAUACAAGAGAAACUGAAGUUUUAAUGUUAAUGGAAUUUUGCAGUGGUGGUAGUGUUUUAGAUAUUAUGAAUCAAAGAGAACAUACAAGAUUGGACGAAAGAGAAAUUCUUUCAAUUUUUUCAGAUGUUUGCAACGGUCUUUUAGCAAUGCAUCAACAACAACCGCCAAUAGCCCAUAGAGAUUUAAAGAUUGAAAAUGUUUUAUUAUGUCAACAAUCAAAUCGUUAUAAAUUAUGUGAUUUUGGAAGUAGUACAUCCAAAACUUUCAACACUAGCCGUGAUCAAGAAAGAGGUAAAGCCGAAGAUGACAUCAAUAUGUUUACAACAUUAUUUUAUCGUGCACCUGAAAUGGUCGAUCUCUAUCGUGGAGCAGUAAUCAAUGAAAGGGUUGAUAUUUGGGCAUUGGGUUGUUUAUUAUUCAAAAUGGCAUUCUAUUGUGAUCCAUUUGAUGGCGGUUCACUUCAUAUCAUCAACGGAAAUUAUAAGAUCCCAGAAAAUUCAAAAUUCUCACCAAACUUCCACAAAUUAAUCGAAUACAUCUUGGUAUCAGAUCCAUCAGAGCGUCCAACAAUUCAAGAUGUUUUAGAUCGUAUUCAAGAAAUGAAAGGUUCUCAAAGAAGAGGUCUUCAAACUUUUAAUAAUAAUAAUAGCAGUAGUAAUAACAAUAAUAAUAACAAUAGUAAUGGUAAUAGUAAUGGUAAUAGUAGUGUUAAUUUUAAUAUUAGAUCUUCAUCAUCUUCAAACUCUUUUCCACAACCAUUAAGAAACUCUUCAUCAUCAAACCCAACUCAAUUAAAUAAUAGCAACUACAGUGGCAGCGUAAAUUCUACUCCAACAAAUCCAAGAAAGAAUCUUUUCGAUAUUUUAGACAAUAGUGAUAUUAAAUCUAAUAAUACAAAUAAUAUCCACAAUAGUACUGGUAGUAUCCCUAAUAGCAAUAAUAAUAAUGGUAUGAAUAGUAGCACAAAUAACAAAUCUUUAGGAUCAACUCCAUCUCUUUUUGAUGAUUUUGAUUCAUGGGGUAAUACACCAAUCGUACCAACACAACAAAACCAAAAUUCAAAUAGUAAUAAUAAUAGUGUAAAUAAUAGUUCAAAUGGUCUCUUUAAUAAUUCAAACCAAAAUAACAUGAAUAAUAACAAUAAAAAUAAUAACAAUAAUAACAAUAUUAAUAAUAAUAAUAAUGGUAAAUCAUUUACAUUUGAAAGUGACAACAAAUCAUUUACUUUUGACAACGAUAGCGAUUUUGGUUCAUUUGUUUCCCAUUCAAAUAAUAAUAAUAAUAAUAAUAAUAACAAUAUAAACAAUAUAAACAGUAUUAAUAAUAAUAUGAACAAUAUGAAUAGUAUGAAUAAUAUGAAUAAUAUGAAUAAUAUGAAUAAUAGAAGUAUAAAUAAUUCAUUAAAUUCAUCAACAUCAUCAAAUCAAUCAUUUGGUUUUAAUGGCUCUACAACAAGUAUGGGUAUGAGACCAACAACAUCAAAUUUCAACUCAACACCAAUGAACAACGGUGGUAUUAAUUCACUCAAUUCAUCAUUUGGUAAUUUAAAUGUUUCUUCAUCAUCAGUUUCAUCCUCAACAUCAAAUUCAACAACGACAAAUUCAUUUGAUGGUUGGAAUGCCACCACCUUAACACCAACACCAACUAAAAGACAACCAAAUGGUGCCACCACUACCAGUAACGGUGAUUUUGGUUCAUUUGUUUCACCAACUCAAACAACCCCAACCAAACCAAACUAUAAUAUCGAUUUAAAUUAUUAUACCUCACACAAUAGCAACAACAACACCAACAAUUUUAAUAACAAACCAGGCGCCAAUAAUAACAAUACCAAUACCAAUAAUAAUAACAAUAAUAAUGCUUUUAAUUUCAAUUUAUUCAAUUAAAUAAUUUCUUUAAAAGCUAUGUGAUAAAAUAAGAAAAAAAAAAAGAAAAAAAAAAAAUAAUAGUAACAAAAAAAUAAAUAUUUCUUUAAAUUUUUUCAAACC